AUGGCAAGUCGGGCUUCGAAGGCACGAAUCUUAUACAAAACUAUCUUAAGACUGCACCGUGGUCUGCCAGCCGAAUUGAAGGAGUUCGGAGACCGGUACGUUAGGGACGAAUUCAAAAGACACAAAACAGCCGAAUCUCAAUUCGUACCGACAUUUUUCAAAGAGUGGACGAGAUAUGCCAACACCCUAUCAAAACAGAUAGGGAAAUCAGCAGCCAAUGAGAAGCUGGGCCUGGGGUUCAGCGAAGAAGAACUGAACAAAUUGAAUGAAGAACAGGUAGGCCAGUUGUUUGAACUUUACCAAGAAACACAGAGAGUCCAAGGAAAAGAUGUCCCAGAAAUUUCAACAAUAAAGUCACAAUUGAAAGAAGAGACUAACAAUAAUAAUAAAAUAAAAUGA